CACAAGCUCUUUUUAGCGCUGGGCAACACGAAGAAAAAAAGGUGCAACGGAAAGUUACAAACGGAGCUAAGCUUCUAAGUUCAAGUGCUCGUCUAAAAAGGAGAAGAAAGAAAAGGACAAAGACAAGGACGAGAAGAAGCUGAAGGACAAGGACCGAGAGAAGGAGAAGGCAAAGGACAAGGAGAAAGAAAAGGAGAAGACCAAAGAAAAGGAGAAGGAGAAAGAGAAGGAGAAGCGGAAGGAAGAAGAUGCUCACGGCAAAGACCGAGACACGGACGAUUCUGCCAAAGAGAAGAAGAAGAAGGAGAAGAAUGAUGGGAAGGCCAAGAUCAAGUUGGCAAUCAAGGACAAGAAGGGAAAAGUAACCAAGCAUGACGUCGAGGAGCCCACUGAAUACGAACAACCUAUUUUUGGAGUGCCAUUGCAUUUGGCCGUGGAACGUCAUCGUUGCCAUGACGGUGUUGAAUUACCUGGUGUUGUUCGGGAAUGUCUGGACUACAUAGAAGAGCACGGGAUUGGAGCUGAAGGCAUCUACCGAGUUUCUGGCUUCAAGUCGAAGGUCCAACAGCUACGAGCAUCAUAUAAUCGAAGAGAGCCGAUAUCUCUGAGAGACCACGAUCCACACACUGUCGCCUCAUUGUUGAAGCAGUUUCUUCGGGAACUCCCGGAAUCCUUGUUCACAACGGAACUUUGCCCAUCCUUCGAAGAGGCCUCAGGGAUAAAGGAUGAGCCUGAACGAAUGGUGGCGCUCAAAAACCUGAUUGAGCAACUCCCCACGUCCAAAAGACUUCUUUUGUCCUGGAUGUUUGUGCAUUUUUCCCACGUUUUGGAUAAUGAGGCAGUGAACAAAAUGAACAUCCAAGGCCUUGGGAUUGUAAUGAGUCCGUGCCUGAACGUUUCUCACCGUCUACUCAACGCAAUGUUUGUCCACACGAAAGAUCUGUUCCCAGAAGUGACCAUCAAGAGGUACGUGCCGCCGAUCAAACCGGGCUCUGCUCGACUGUCCCUCGACGUGUCGGAGAGUUGCGAAAGCAUCGAGGAGGAGAUCAAGAAGCAGGAGAGCCUCUUGAAUCAGUUGCACGCGGAACUCAACGCCGGCCGCGUAAAUCGUCGCAAGGAGGAGCAGUUGUGGGAAGUCCAGCGAGUCGUCACGCAACUCAAGAGGAAGCUGAGACUGGCGAAGCAACGUGGAGGAGGAGGAGGAGAAGAGUCUGUUGUUGGCAACCGUGCGGAAGGCAACGUUGUGUCUGCAAUUGAAGUGCCACUGGUCAAGGAUCAAGCGGAGGACGAAUUCAGCAUGGAUUUGAGUUUGCAAGACGCUCCUGGUGCAAAUCAAGUGGUCGCUGAGCAGGUGAAAGUGGCUGCCACCAGCAGUUCUCGGGAAUCGACGAAAUCCUCAGGCUCUGUGUCUUCCUUGUCAAGCUUGCCUGCGUCUGCGGACAAGGACGAACCAGAUGCAGUUGCCCUGCUGUCACCUGAGCAUUUGCCCGAAUCUGACCUGAGUGACGCUUCCAGUGCGGAAGAUGACGAAGUAGUAGUAGUCGUCGUCCUCCGCCGCCCAGCCGCUCAUAGGCGCUGCGGAUGCUCCGCAGUUUGGACCAGGAGCUGGAGAAGGUGGCGGAAGACACGGCCAUCACUGAGUCCAUGGGCAAGAUCACGAUUGAAGUGAAGACCGACGGGGAUUCCAUCAGGUCGGGACCGUUGUCGUCGGAAAAUAAUUACAGCGGCGGCGGCAGUAGUGGCGGCGUUGGCGGACACGUGACUGUGGUGCCUGUUGGGCCCUGCUCCUUGUCAUCGCUGCCGUGCUCGGAACCCGUGCUGAGCAACGUCACGAUGACCCAUACGAAUAAAUCGGCUAUUGUUGAUGGUUCUGGUUCGUCGGAACCGGACGUGAACGAGUUGGUGGAACAAGCUGCGCAGUUGAUGUUGGAAGAGUGUCAAUUGGUCGACACGUUUCUGGAGCUUCGUGCUUCCGUCGCCAGAGCGCGGGAGGCCAUUGGCAACACUCUGUUGAUACGGAACCCGGGGAGGAUCGGACAUGCUUUGCCUCAGGGUUCGAUUACUGGGCCUGGGGCAUCGUUAAAGGGUAGUCAGCAGCAGCAGCAACAACAGGCCACAGUUAUCUCGGGUGACGAACUCAGCGCCUGGUUGUCCACCAUGGAGCAGCUGCAGAAGGAGAACGAAGAGCUGGAGGUAUACCUAAAGCGUAUGUUCUGGUUCGUCGGAACCGGACGUGAACGAGUUGGUGGAACAAGCUGCGCAGUUGAUGUUGGAAGAGUGUCAAUUGGUCAACAACAGGCCACAGUUAUCUCGGGUGACGAACUCAGCGCCUGGUUGUCCACCAUGGAGCAGCUGCAGAAGGAGAACGAAGAGCUGGAGAAGCGAAGAAACUUCUUGCUUGCUCGUGUGCUGGAAGAACACGAAGCGUGCGCUCGUUUGAAAGCCAGUCAAGAUCUUCAGGAAAUCAAAGACGAGACGAGGAGAUUGAGUAUCGAAAGAGCAGAUUUGCAACAACCCAUUCCUUCUUGACCUGGCUGAAAAUUUGCCCGUAUUUUCCGAGGGAUCUGUCAUUUCAAUCGAAAGAAAUACGUCAGCUGCUUUUUAUGGGUGACUAUAGGCAGCUUUCCGCGGAUGCUGAUUUUUAGCAUGUAAAGCGGGGCUUGGAGUAAUUCCAAUGUGCUUGUUUUUUUUUCCUCACGCAGUAGAUGUUUUCAAUGUAUGUUACUUUGUCUUUUUACUUGACUGAUUUUUAAAGGACUACCAUUUAGCAGUUCUUUUUUUUUUUUUUGCCAAAUUCAGACUUGGGUGCAAGAAAUCUCGCGGGUUAUUAUAUUUUUUUGUCAACUUGGACAUUCUGCUUUUGAUAUGUUUGAAUGCGUUGACUUGAAAAUUAAUGAAUUAUAGUGGGGUCUUGGUUUAAAAUUUGAAUCGAUUCCUGAGCAAAGUUUGUUAACCAAAGCACAUUUUCUGUUGAAGUACUGUGCAGAAAUAUUCUUCUAUUGGCUUCCAAAAAAUGGAAACUGCGCAUGAAAAUCAAGAAAAUGUGUCUUUGAAAAUGCUUAAUGGGCCUAGAAUUCAAGAACUUUGCUUGAUAAAGUUUAAGAGAAACUCACUGAAGGACCACGGCCCUUUGAAAAUUUUCAAUUUCAAAAGAGUUGAGAGUUGUCUCACUAUUGGGCCAUUUGGAAAAUGCUGAUAGUUUUGAAAAUGUAGGAAGGAAAUGUAAAAAAAAAAAAAAACUUACUGGACUGCAUGAAAUGUUUUUGAACAAUCAGAAGUUUGAAAUUGAAAGAUUCUUCUUGACUGUUCAAUGCAGAAUUUCAGAUUAAAACACUGUUAUCAAUGCAUCAACAAGAUAAAUGUUGUUUCUGUUGGUAAUCACAGGCCUUUUCUAAAAUAAAAUUGUUUACCCAUUCAAACACCAACUAAACAAAGCUUUAAAUCAAGUCAGCUAGGGUUUAUUAUUCAAGGUGGCUGAGGCCUAAACCUAAAGUUCGUUGACCGAGCGAGCAGUUUCUAAGCCAGGGUGUUUGUUUUGCUUGUCAAGGUGAAUUUCAUGACCAAUUUUUCUCUCAUUCUGCAUGAA